CUCCUCCAAUGAGCUCUGCCUGCUUGUGGGUGUGCCACUCCCGGGGAAGGAAGCCAAGAGCCUAUAGUGGAGCUCCUGGGGAAAACUGAAGCAGCUGUGGCCGUGUAAUUUAAAACCUCGGAAAAGUGUGCUGCAGUCCGUGCACAGCGCUGGGAUAACACCAUGAGGGCGGCAUGUAGCCCAUCCUCCCAGGGACUUGCUCGCCUGCUGCAGGGAAGAGAAGGCUGAAAGACGAACCUGCGUGCAGCCGGACAGGUCCAGACAGAUGAGCUUGUGGCAUCCAUUCCCUAAACUCAGGACCUCCACAGAACCCAGUUGGGUCCCACUGUUCCUGAACUACAUUAGUUAAGAUUGACCAAACGCAGAUUUCAAAGGAAUACCUUCACUGGUCCAUCUGUCACAGCAAGGAGUUGUAGCCAGCUGGAUGACAGGAUGCGCGUGGUCACCAUUGUAAUCCUGCUAUGCCUUUGCAAAGCGGCUGCGCUGCGCAAGGCAGGCCCCAGCGGCGGUGCCAGAAGCCGGGCCACUCCUGGCCGGGCAGGUGGGGGCCGGCGCGCCUCCAGCCUGGUCAGACGCUAUGCGCCAGGCCUCCCCUGUGACGUGUACACGUAUCUCCAUGAGAAAUACUUGGACUGUCAGGAAAGAAAACUAGUCUAUGUGCUACCUGGCUGGCCUCAGGAUCUGCUGCACAUGCUGCUAGCCAGAAACAAGAUCCGGGUAUUGAAGAACAACAUGUUCUCCAAGUUCAGGAAGCUGAGAAGCCUGGAUCUGCAGCAGAAUGAGAUCUCCAAGAUUGAGAGUGAGGCGUUCUUUGGCUUAAACAAACUCACCACCCUCUUACUGCAGCACAACCAGAUCAAGGUCCUGACCGAGGAGGUCUUCAUUUACACGCCGCUCCUGAGCUACCUUCGUCUGUACGACAACCCCUGGCAUUGCACCUGCGAGAUAGAAACGCUCGUUUCGAUGUUGCAAAUUCCCAGGAACCGGAACUUGGGGAACUACGCCAAGUGCGAAAGCCCCCAGGAACUGAAAAAUAAAAAACUGCUGCAGAUAAGAUCCGAACAGUUAUGCAACGAAGAGGAAAAGGAACAGCUGGACCCGAAAUCCCAAGUAGCCGGGAGACCUCUCGUCACCAAGCCCGAGGUGGACUCGACUCUUUGUCACAAUUACGUGUUUCCCAUCCAAACGCUGGACUGCAAAAAGAAAGAGCUAAAGAAAGUUCCAAACAACAUCCCUCCAGACAUUGUUAAACUUGACUUGUCAUACAACAAAAUCAAACAGCUUCGACCCAAGGAAUUUGAAGAUGUGCAUGAGCUAAAGAAAUUAAACCUCAGCAGCAACGGCAUUGAAUUCAUAGAUCCUGCUGCUUUUCUAGGGCUCACACAUUUAGAAGAGUUGGAUUUAUCUAACAACAACCUGCAAAACUUCGACUAUGGAGUAUUAGAAGACUUGUAUUUUUUGAAACUCUUGUGGCUCGGAGACAACCCUUGGAGAUGUGACUACAACAUCCACUACCUCUACUACUGGUUGAAGCACCACUACAACGUCCUGUAUAAUGGCCUGGAGUGCAAAACGCCCGAAGAAUACAAAGGGUGGUUUGUGGGAAAAUACGUCCGGAGUUACUAUGAGGAAUGCCCCAAAGACAAGCUACCGGCCUACCCUGAGACAUUCGAGCAGGACGCGGAAGAUGACGAGUGGGAGAAAAUACACAGGGACCACGUGGCCAAGAAGCAUAGUGUAAGAAUCACUAUAGUGGGAUGACGCAGAAGUAGUUCUGCUUAGAACAGUUGUGUAUUUGCUAUGCUGGUGUUAGAGAGCCAUCCGUUCACAUGUGGAUGAACUGUGUUGCCUGUUUAUGCAGGGCUACCCAGCUACAGGGAGCUUUCUUUCAGUCUGAUGGUCAUGGCUGUUGUUGGGACAGUGGUGGUUAUCAGUGAGUGCUCCCGUUCUGCUUGCCUGUCCCUCUGAAAGGAGCUUCAGGCCAUCCAGGAUUCCGCACUGGCAGCCUGCAGGAGCUGGGUUCUAAUCAUGGCAUUAGGAUCUCAUCAUGUCCUAUAUAAAUGGUUUUGUUGCUUUUUGAAAAUAAAAUUUAUA